CCGUGUGUUGAGGCUAGCUCAGCUGCUUAUAUACUAUGCUCAGCUGGCGAUACUCUGCAUUGUUCAGCUCUUUCUGUGGUCUAAAAAACAGUAUUUACAGGAAUAUGUAUCUGUAAGAAGUGACUGUGUUACAAGAGACUGUUUCGGGAAGCGGUGCAGCUUGUGUCGUCGUUGAAAAGAGUCGCAUUGUUAUCGUUUCCUCCAAAAAAAGGCAGCUGCUUGUCCUUCAUGUGCUAAAAUGCGCUAGCAAGAGCUGCUGUUGACUGUAUCACAGUGUUGCCUACUCCUAUACCUUCUGCUCCACGAUACGUCCACAUAUGAUGAUGCCAACCCGGCCCCAGCGGAUCAGUGACAGUGAAUCCAUUGACAGUGAAUCCAAUUACAGUGAAUCCAAGGUGUGGUACUUAAGGAAUGCUGAGGAUGUGUUGCGGGGCCUCAACAAGCAGCGGAUGCGCAACCACUUCUGUGAUGUGGUGCUGGUGGCUGACAAGCAGCGGAUCCCUGCUCACCGAGCCCUGCUGGCCCUCUCCAGCCCAUACUUCCAUGCCAUGUUCACAUUGGGCAUGAGGGAGCAACACCAGGAGGAGGUGGAGCUGGUUGGCAUGUCCUACAUCGGUCUGAAGACUGUAGUGGACUCACUGUACACUGGAAAGCUGCCAUUGGAUGAAGAAAACAUUGACCAUGUGCUGGAAGCUGCCCACUUUCUGCAGGUGGGUCCAGUGGUGGAAGUCUGUGGCCAUUACCUGAAGGAGGAGCUGAGUGAGGACAACUACCUUCACCUGCAGGAGCUGGCGCUGCUCUACAGCCUGAAGCCACUCGAGACGUGCAUCGAUGACUUCAUCCUCGCACGCUUUGCCAUGCUCUCUUUCACCCCUGAGUUCUCUCACAGCAUUCCUUUACACAAACUCACAUCCUACCUCUCCAGUGGCCAGGUUCAGCAUGACAGCGAGGAGGCCCUUCUCCAGGCCACCCUGCAGUGGCUCAGCCAGACUCCUGAGCGGGCCGCCCACACCGCACAGCUCCUCUCCCACAUCCGCCUCCCUCUGGUGCCAGCCGAGGACCUGAUGGGCCGAGUGCUGCCGGCGGUGCGGGCCCUGCUGACGGAGGAUGCCAGCUGCAAGGCCCUGCUGGAGGAAGCUGAGGCAUAUCACGCCAGGCCCAGCGCCCAGCCGCUCCUGCAAACAGGACGCACCGCGCCGAGGGGAGGUGUAGAGCGCCUACUGCUGAUUGGAGGAGAGGUGUCAGAACGUGGAGAGGAGCUCAGCGCCAAUGUUUGCUGGCUGGACGGUGACGAGAAAAACUGGGUGGUGGAAACUGCGCUGCCGUCAGAGCGGAGCCACCACCGCCUGGCAGUGCUGGGGGGCUUCAUCUUCACUGCUGGUGGCAGCUCGUCCAGGGACAACGGUGGAGGCGCUUCCUGUAACCUGCACAGAUACGACCCCCGCCACAACAAGUGGACCACGGGUGCUCCAAUGAACGAGCAGCGAGCAGAUUUUUAUCUGGGGGCGAUGGGAGAGUGCCUAAUCGCCGUGGGUGGGAGGAAUGAUACCAGAACAUUGUCCUCUGUGGAGGUUUACCAUCCCGCUGAGGACAGCUGGUCCUAUGUGGCAGAACUGCCCAGGUCUACUUAUGCCCAUGCUGGGACCGUCUACAAGGGUGUAGUCUGCAUCUCAGGCGGUCACGACUCUCAGAUCGGCCCGUACCGCCGAGAUUUCCUGAGUUAUAAUUCAUGCCCGGACUGUGAUGUGUGGGUGGAACAACAGCCCAUGUCUGUGGCCCGGGGCUGGCAUUGCAUGGCCUCCCUUAACCACCUCAUCUACGCCAUCGGGGGCAGCGAUGACAACGCAGACACCACUGAGCGCUUCGACAUCCUGGAAGUGGAAUCUUUCAACCCAAGCAGCAGCCAGUGGACCCGGGUGUCACCACUGCUGCUGCCCAACAGCGAGGCAGGGCUUUCAGUCUGGAAAGACAGAAUCUUUGUGCUCGGGGGCUACAGCUGGGAGGGUAUGGAGUUCUCCAGAGCCACUCAGGUGUACUACCCCUGGAUGCGCUCAUGGCUUAGGGGACCUGACCUGCCGAAUCGCACCGCAGGGGCCUCAGCAUGUGUGUGCACUUUGAAGCCCUCACCAUCAUCACCCUCUCCAGAGAAGAAGAACUAGGUGGGAAAAGGGAUAAAAGGAAGAUUACACCCCAUGUAACAACUGUGAUGAGGGACUUUUUCUUUGUCCAAAAAUACAGGGCCUGACCUUUGACUGAGACCAAGCCUGAUACAUAUUUCUGAUACAAAAUCUUUUUUUUAUAUAAGAUACAUAUUUUGUUAUGUCCCUAUUCAUUUUCUCACAAUCUCAGGGGGACUGCAGCAUCAAAAAAGGAAGAGAAGUGGUAAUAAUGGUUACCACUUUUUAUAAAUUUUUUGGUAAAGAUUCCAAAUCAGAAUCAGAAAAGCUUUAUUGCUAAGUAUGUUUUUUUACACAUACAAGGAAUUUGUUUUGGUGUUGUAGGUGCAUCUUGCACAUUCUCUAAAUAUAAGAAGGUUAAGAAAAUCAAGAAUUUGAAUAUAAACAAAAGCCCAUUAAAAAUGAAUGGAAAGACCUGGGUUUUUGCAGCACCAUCUGACGGCCGACGCGGGUGGUGUGAAUGCCCACUUAUACACAAAUGCGGAAGAGAGGCUCAAAAUGACUUGAUGUCAAACUGCCAAUUAUGAAAACCCUUUCUACAUACAGGGUCUUCUAUGCCAGUCUGUUGCAUCUUUGCAGUCUAUCUCUGUUACACAUGAUACUUGCAGGCCUUCCCUGUGCCUCUCACAGUCGUCUGUUUGUUUUCCUCACUCUUGUUUCCAAGCUGAACAGCCAAUAAGAUGAAUUGGCUAUUCGGCCGACGGCCAGCGGUCGCCUUGGUGUGUCAGGACCUUCCGAAACCAAAGCACAUAUAGUUUUGUGCUUUUUCAAGGUCCAUCCCCCACUGCCUACCUUAACACAUAUUUAGAGAGUUCAUGCAAGAAAAUGAUAAUGUUCACUAUUGUAUAUUGUAGCGAAAUUUCAUAAAUUUUUCAGAAUCUUUUAUUGGACUUUGCAUUUGCAAGUCUUAACCUGUCAAAUUGCCUUUAAUUAAAAAAGAAUUGAUUGUGUAACAUUAAAAACAUUAGAAAAGUCA